GUUCGGCACCUACCUCUCUCUCUCUCUCUCUCUCUCUCUCAGUCUCUAUCUCUCCGUCCGACAACUCAACGGGCGCAGCGGACGGCGGAGACCGACACGCACCAAAAUGAACUUCAAUCUGAACCACCAUCGUGGCGGUGGCGGCGACUCUCCGUCGUCUUCCACUACCUCCUCCUCCGACCCAAAAACCAGCAACUCCCAUCCCCACCACCACAACGACGCCGACCCAAUGCACUCUUGGUGGGAGUCCAUCUCCAAAGCCCGCUCUCGGAUCCACCUCCUCUCCUCACUCCUCGCGCCGGCUUCCGCCGCCUCACUCUCCGCUCUCGCCGACUCCGACCGCCCCGCCCGCUCUCUCCUCUCCUCGCUCGCCGCCUACUCCACCGUCUCCGCAAUUCUCUCCGCCCCUUUCUCUGGCUCCGGCGAUGACCGCUUUUGCCAGUGGCUCUACGAUACGUAUCUCUCCUCUGAUCCUGACCUCCGGCUCGUCGUCCUCUCAUUCGUUCCCCUCCUUUCCGGCAUCUACCUUUCUCGUAUCCACUCGUCGGACUCCGCCACCGCCCCCUCUCUCGCCGGCUUCGAAGCCGUUCUGCUCUCUCUUUACGCCGCGGAGACCAAGGCUCGUGGCGGCAAGCCCGUUCUCGUCUCAAUUCCCGAUUUAUCUCAACCCUCUCUCUACCACACACCACGGAACAAGCCAAACCCUAAUCGCAGUCGAAGGGCUCAGUCGAUCGGCGUCCUUUCUUCUCCGCUCGAGCAUCAAACCGCCGUGAAAUCCACCAAGCGCGCCUGCAUCGUAGGAGUCGCACUCGAUUGCUACUACAAGCAGAUCUCUCAAAUGCCGUUUUGGUCCAAACUCGAUUUCUGCCGAUUUCUCGCCGACUGGGCCGGCCAGGACUGUCCCUGCAAGUCCGAAUUCGACAAUACCACCGAAGAAGAAAACAUCGAAAGAAACGGGUUUUCCGACGGAAUUAGGGUUUCUGAAAUGGACGAGGUUGCCGAAGAGAUGGGCAUUCUGGCAAUCAGAGAAAAUAGCACUGAAUUGGUGCCGAAAGGGUCUCGAAUCCCUCUUCCCUGGGAGUUAUUACAGCCAGUGCUGAGAAUUCUAGGUCACUGUCUAUUGGGACCUCUCAAUGCGGCAGAAGUUAAGGAUGCUGCUUUUGUAGCGGUGCGAUGUUUGUACGCUAGAGCUUCCCAUGACUUGUCUCCUCAGGCGAUCUUGGCGACACGGAGUCUAAUUCAGCUCGACAAGAGAGCUCGCGAGGCGGCAAGGGCAGCCGCCACGGCUAAUGCUGCUUCCAACACUAACACGCCAAGCAAGGCUAAGAAGCCUGAGAUACUUCUGGUUUCAAAGUGAAUUCAGGGAACGCAAGGUUUAUCAUCUUGGUUUUUACUUUUGGUUUUCCUGGUAAAGUUACAUUUUUUCUUUGUUGGUAGGUUAGAGUUAUAGGGGGAACUGAAUGUGAGUGUUUAUAUAUUGAUAUUGCACCUGUAGAUUACUUUUUACUUGUAAUGUUGUGUACCAAUCUGCAGUUCUGGAUUCUAAUCCUUGUUGUGUUGUGUCUGAGAUUGUGUUUGUGCAAGCCUGUACCUUGCUUGGACACGCUUCAUUGGCGAUUGUUUUUCCCACUGAUUUAUUUCUCAGUUGUUUGUUA